GCUCGCCAUCUUGGAUUAAAAGUACAGACUGGCUAUAACUGGCUAGUAAAUAAGGCAAGAUUUCCCGUUGAAAACAUAGUAUUYUUUCCAAUUUUAGUUGAUAUAAGAGAUCACACAUGAGUGACAAGUUUUUCAAAAGGUACUCAGAGAGGCAGCGCUCUCCAUCAUUUGAGGAGAUUGACAGACGCGAUCCWGUGGCCUUUGCUGMAGCACGAGAACAAUGGGUACUAGACCGGUUUGUGGAACUAGAAAAAGUGAAAAUAUACAAAGAACGUGUCGCGGAGUGCUACAUGAGGGAAGAAGUAAAUUCAAGACAGAAUUGCCAAAAAGAAGUAGCAGAUUACAUGAAGGCAUUCAAAGCCUAUAAAGCAAAGGCAUGGGGAAACACUCCAGAUGGAAACUGGUCAAAAUGGAAAGUUCCAAUAGAUGAAUUCUGAAUGCUAUCUUUUUUAUAUUAAGUCACUGAUAUCAUACAAGAAUAUUAUUGUCAUUAUUGUGGAGUGAUCUUAUGUGAAUGCAAGUUUAAUAAUCUUAACAAAKAUUACAGAAGAUUGAAUUUUCUUACCAGAAAAAUUGUAUAAAAUAAGAUGUUGUAAAAAGCAAUAAAAAGUGAAAACUGA